UAAAAAGAAAAACAAAUAUGCUGAGUCAUGAACAGCGUAUAAAUCAUUAAUGUACUGAGUGAGUAAGAUUUUUUUUUUUAUGACACUUAUGCAAUUCGGUAAGCAAAGUUUUAUGGUUUCUUUGCAAUAAAAGUAAUAUUUUCAACUAACCAUUAUCUUUUGAAUCUGAUUAGGCUUCCCUUUUAACUGUUUAUAAGAGUCUUAAGUUUCCAACAACAAUAUGAGAGUAAGAGACUGAUGCUACAAACUUUUUAGAAGUUUCUAAAGAGACAAGUUCUCUAAGAAAGUUAUUUUGAUAUAAACGCAGAGGAUUUACAUGAGCUUAAAAAAUUAAAGCUAAAAAUAAGUAUUUUUACGACCUGCACUGAGGAUUGGGCAGUGACGUAUGUUGACAACACAAAUGUAUGUCUCCUUUAAUAUCUUAGUGAACACUGACAUCUUGUGGCUCUAUGAAAUAGUCGAGAGUCGAGAGCAUCUCCUGGGAAAGGAAAGAUUCAUGUAUUUCAUCCAGGACAAAAUUUUAGUAGCUUUUGUGUUGCAUGUAUGUUGAUUAAGAAUGCAUUUUUAAAUACAUUUUAGAAUGACAGACUUCAUUUUAAUGGUAAAUAUGGAAUAACAUUGAUUUGAUGAUUUGAUAUGCAGUGUCAUAGUUAUGAGCUAAUUUCAAAGUUAUACACAAUAGAUUUAUUCCAGCUAUACAGAAUGUUUACAGAAAAUAAAGCAUGUUCCUUGGUGAAAAGGGAAAGAAAACCUAUCUAAUUAAUUGUAAAAUGCUGAAUAAUAUAUUGUAAUAUUCUUCAGAAAACAUCUAGGCAUCUGGAUCUGUUGCUCAGGUUGUUCAGCCACUCAUCAAGGUGGUUUCAGUUGCAUCAACUGAUGAAGACACCUCCACUUAUAUGAGUGGGAAAAACAUACUGAGCAACAAAGAAACUCACAUUUACUAGAAAAUUUGAGCCUUUAGGCUAUGUUGCAUUACUAAGUCAAACCGUAAAGCAUUCAAGUGAGGAAACAGGUCUGUUCAUGAACAAAAACAACAAUUCAUAUCAUCAAAUAAAUAUCUUAACUCUUGUUUGAUUGGCAGAUCAAACUGCCAAUCAAAAAUACUGAAGAGCAAGGACCCAGCAUUUCCUGAGGGAUGUUACGUGGUUGCUGAUUGUGGGUGGAGGACACACACUGUAACCAUAGCGAAGGGUCCAGCCGGGCCCAUCUUGACCCGGAUAGUAUCUGAAUGGCCCAGUGACAUCCCAAUGUCCCUGGCCCUUGGUUCCUUAGGGAUGCCUGGUUUAACAGCUCUGUAUGGCCUGGAAGAGGUGUGUAAGAUACAGCCUGGUGAGACGGUUCUGGUGAGUGCAGCAGCAGGUGCUGUAGGUGCAAUGGUGGGUCAAAUCUGCAAGAUCAAAGGCUGCAAGGUGGUGGGAUCAGCAGGAGGUGAUGACAAGGUGGCAUACCUGAAGGAGCUGGGCUUUGACCAGGCCUUUAACUAUAAGACUGUCCCCUCACUGGAGGAAGCGCUGAAGAAAGCUUCACCUGAAGGAUACGACUGCUACUUUGAGAAUGUAGGAGGGCCCUUCUUUACGGCAGCACUGAAAAACAUGAAGCCAGGUGGUCGAAUCGCUGUCUGCGGUGAAAUAGCCACAUACAGGUGCUGGCCAUAUAAUUAGAAUAACAUCAAAAAGUUGAUUUAUUUCACUAAUUCCAUUCAAAAAGUGAAACUUGUAUAUUAUAUUCAUUCUUUACACACAGACUGAUAUAUUUCAAAUGUUUAUUUCUUUAAAUUUUGA